AUGACAACGGCCACUGCUGAAGCACGGUCUCGUCCGGCUAUAGAACCCAUACGAACUACGGGCACUGAUCUGAACGUCCGCUCCCUACGAUCACAUAUCAUACAAAAGAGCCCUUCCUGGACUCCUUCGCCUCUUUCACCCUGCAGUCUCCCUCUUCCGCGGCUUCGAGUUGCGAGAGAUGAUGUUACGGUGCAGGAGGAUAGAAUGGAUGUUAAUCAGCUAGAGAAAUCAAAGCUUGAUUCUCUCAAACAAGAAGCCAUUCUCCGCAAUGUUUCUCUAAGACCCAUCACAGAACUUGCCCUUCCAAGCCCUGGCACUCUGCCAUCUCGACGUUCUCCCCUAUCAGCGCCUCUGUUUGCACCCCAUGUUUUUCAAAGACCAACCAUUGCCGAAGAGACAAGAAGCAUGUUACUUCAUGCGCCAGGUUCCGAGCCACAUCGCAGCUCUGCUUUCUUGGAUCAUGAACGCCGACAGUCUGCACCUGGCGGUCCUAUACAUACCAGAGCUAUGCAAAUCGCCCGACAGAGAGACCACCUUCAUCGUCGAAGGCUCGCAGGUUCAUAUAGACCUCGAGAACCUGAGAUGAUGGUUCAACCUACUGAGUUUCGUCGCUUAUCUCUGCUACCCUCGAGUGACACUGGCCCACCGUCACCCUACCCUGUAGACGGACGCCUAACUACCCGUGUGGUUGUGCAUUCUCCAGGAAAGAAAUCGGUUGUACUUACCAGAACUUUCGACUUGGACGAAUUAAGAGCCACCCUCCCCCCGAUUAGCCCUGUUGAACAGACAGACCGGCGUGCAUCAUUUGCGACUCUUCAGCCUCCCGCCAAUAUUUCACGAUCAUCUUCGCCGGGAUACCCACGGGACAGACGAAGCUCCUAUGGUGCCAUCCCGAGAACAAGCCAUAGUCGGUCUCCUCCUGGCGAGAGAAGGGGUUCACGUUACACCAUGCCCCCUGUUGCUAUUCGACUUGACUAUGCUCGAAAAUACCUUCCCGUGCUGGCUGCAGUCAUUCUGUCAGAACUUGUUCAGCCUGGUGAUACGGUUGAGGUUCCGCUGCCGCAUCCCCAUGCUUGGGAGGACACAGUCACCCACGUCUAUACUGGACGAAAUCCACUUACAGAACCCAUCAGACAGAACAUCAUGUAUCUCGGUGGGUCAGUUUAA